CGCCGUACGUUGAAAGCACUCGCCUCCGUAGCGAUCUUCGUAAACGCUACUCCGCACGCGGAAUUUCAAUUUCAGAAUUUCGAAGUGCAGUGACUAAAGGAACUGUGUUACUGGCCAGUGUUUUUCUCCGCAAGGAGAUAGAAAAAGUUCACAUUUGGUGUCGGAAUACGGGGGCGGAGCUCGUGUUAUCUGGGCCAUGUCGGCAGGCGACAGGGAGGCAGAGGCGCAGAACAAGAAGGGCGAGGAAAGCGCCUCGCCCGAUCUUGACAGCCGUGCCGCCGCUGCUAUCAAGCAGUACUGGUGUGCUGGCCUAAGAGCCGUCGAGCUAUGUCUGGCCAUAAUCGCGAUUGGGCUGAUGGUGGGCGCACUGUACGCACCCCAGGUGGUGCAGUCGGACCACCGACACAUCGCUCUCAUCUACUCUGCUUACUCUAGCUUCAUCAUCAUCACUGGCGUGCUGCUUCUGGCGAGACUCUUCGGUGAAACCGUAGGCUGGAGGACCUCCAUCGCUUUCUCUGUUCUUGGCGUCAUUAUGUUCACGGCCGCCGCUGCUGUCAUUUUCUACGAUUGGCACAGAUCCUACUACGCCAACCUUCGCCCGAACAAACAAGCAUACGAUCUUCUGAUAGCAUCCGGAGUAUUUGCUGUGAUAGACGCAGCGGUAUUCCUCUUCCACGCUUUCUUUACCUUCAAAAAAGAGGCUGAAUACUAAACAAAACCUAUGCCUCGUUAAAGUUAUAACUUAAAUUUCAAGCUGCCGUAAUAUUUUAGAUUCGAAUCUCAAGACUUUUUCAUUUAUUUUAGGUUUUUUUCAAAUCUCAAUGUUACGUGUAUGUAAUGGUAAGUUUAAUCGUGUUUUGUAUUUAUCCAUUUUUAGUUGUACAUACUUUUGCAAUAUUGUCCUAUUUGGUAGCUGUUGACAUUGUACAUUUUAAUUUUGCAAACUAUAUAAUUAAAAAUAAAAUAGGAUUUUGGAUGUUGUCCACGUGUAGCAGCAUUAAGAAAUAAAAAUCAAGAGAGCAGCUAUUAUAGUUAAUUUAAAGGUACUUGUAACCAGCAAAAUAUUUUGGCCGAUGAAGUGCAAGUAAAAAGUUAGAGGUAGAUUGUAGUGUUUCUCUUAGGCGUCUGGUUGUUUAUCUUAGGAAAGCGGUUGUGUGGACUUGUUUACGGCGGAAAAUAAAUAGGUCUAUGUGAAAAGGUGUAAAAAAUCAUAACUACAUUUUUGCUACGAUUAAACUAGGCCAGUUUACUAUAUAUAUGAUAUGUUUGUAAUGUUUAUGUAGUACAGUAUUCGAGUGCAUCGGCUAUAAAAUUGCGAAUUUGCAGUUAGAGCCUUAUAGCCCGGCUUUAUAGCUGUAUGAAAUGUAAUGGUGUUUUUCAUUUUAAUGAACGUGUAUAGUUUCGUAACACAAUUUUAUGCAAUUACGAUUUAUAUUUUUUUUGUAUAAUAUAUUAAUAUCAAAUAAUAAAUUGCGAUCAGUUUAAUUUACGAUUUGAUAUUACGUACUGCGAGUUAUUACUGAAACAUUCCGGUAAAACCAACUUAUUUUAUAAUUUUAACAUAAUUUUUAAUUAUUUCCUUUAAGUGAAACGAAGCAAGACCACCGCAAUUAUUGUCUUGUAAAAAUAAUUGGGUAGAAAUUUUUAUAAUAGUAAUUUAAAAAAAUAGAAUUAGAUUCCAUAAUUUAUGAUACUGUUUCUCUAUUUCACAAUUAUAUACUGCGUAUAAAUGCAGAUGAAUCAAUUAACGCAACAAAUUUAUUUAUGAAUAAUAUAGUUUAAUGUUAAUUUUUAAGGUUAUAAUGUUUUAUAGAAAGGGUGAACCAAAGCAGUAAUCAGUAUCCGUCCAGUGGUAGUUAAGUUUCUUUCGUCUUUCCUUUAUUCCUUACCUUUUUUAGCCCAAAAGCGGUGGCGUGUCACCAGAACGUACGUACAUUACGUAAAUUUGAUCUUUAUUAUACUUUUUUGGCUGACAUCACAAUUGCCAAUGUCUCAACAAAAAAGUCAAAAACUUCCAAUCAGAAUUCUGGCGCAUUUACACCAAGUUGCUUGCCCGCCGAAGGUGUGUGGAAGUGAGUCGUCUGACGACGGUUUUGCAGCUGGAGUCCACCGAAGCGACUGGGUGCGUCGUUUUCGGCAAGGCGAAGUAGUCUGCCGAAGGCAGUAGACGACCCGGUGUAAAUGAGCCAUUAGAUGUUCAACAGUAUUUCUAUAUGAAAUUGGAAGUUAGUUGUGGUGAUAUACUCAAACUAUUGUUUGGUUACUAUAGAAAGAGACCAGGCUGCUGACAUUUAUGCAGCAAUAUCGACUAAAAUGCAAAAAACAGACGAUCAGUUUACGUAUAUUGGUAUUAUUCUCGAUGACCUUGAACUACAGAACCUUUCGCAUAAUAACCGAACUAUAUUCCAAUUACCCAGAUUAUUGUCAAAUUUCAGCACCAGAUAGGCAAUAUAUUAAAAAAUAUCUCAGGAAAAUAAGUAAAAUCGUGCAGCAUAGUCUGUCUGGUGGCUUCAUUACAGUUAUUAUCGUGUAACUAUGAUUUCUCUUUAAAUUCAUGUUUAGCUUAGUAAAUUCAAUUUUUUGUUGACUGCGCAACUCUUGACCUUUGAUCCAAUUUGACCCAGAACCGAUCUGAUUACUUAUCUUUAUUGCUAAUAAUACUAAUUUUCGUUAUUUCCUUUAUUUACACAUUUAACACGUUUAUAUAAGCUAAUAAAUAAGUACAUUAAGUGUUUUGUAUUCGUAAAUUAAUUACGUAUAAAAUCGGCUUAACAAAAUUAUAUUAAUUAAAAUAGAAUAUUUUUCAUCGUCAUCUAAAUUAAGUUAAUUGUUACAAUUAUUAUAAAAUUUAAAUAAGAGUUAUGAGGGU